ACACACAAACUACAAACAAGGCCGGUUGUCGUUUUUUGGGUUGAUCUUAAUAUGCUUGGGAAAAGAUGCAUUCAUUUUGUAAUGUGUUUAUUUGACAUAUUAAUUAUUGAUGCACACCAUACUAUCCCUUUGAGAUACUGUUCUAUUGCAAUUCAUAAAUCAUAAAAAACAUUGGAGUUAAUUUACAAGCCCGAUAAUGGGACUAUUCAUUAUCAGUCAACCGGUUGUCUUCUUUCUCGUUCCCUGGAGGGUAUUCGAGAGUAGAAUCAAAAAGUUUAAAGGAGUAAGCAAGGGGGGGCAGCUUGGCCUGUUUGUCAACAUUCCCGCCUUGAUUCACACAGUUGUUGCGGUGCUGGUAGUCCAUCAAGAACAGAAGCAGUGUCUAUAUCUCGCUCUGUGUACUAAUCCAGCCAUCCUUCCCAUUUGUGAGGGUGCAGCCCCCCUCAGUGGCUGCCGUGUCCUCUUAAUCACUCCAUAUUAUAUCCAAAGGCAAAGCACGCGCCACGCCGUGUGUAAAGGGACUGUCUGGAAUCCGAGGAAUGUUUUUUUUUUUUUUUUUUCUUUUCAACAAAGAGAGAAACAAAGGCUACUUUGAUUCCCAAGCUACCUGCGCCCCAGCCAGGAAGUGGACAUGAGUACUCUCUCUGGUGACAGGAAGCCUCCAGUGGACUACGGCGUUCAGAUCCGCUUCAUCAAAGACCUCAACGAGACAGGCGGCACACCGGCAGAAAAGUCAAAAAUCAGCAACGCCACCUCACCCCAUCCCACCAAUAAAUACGGAGUAGCAGUGCGUGUUCAGGGGAUCUCCGGGCAACCCUACGUGGUGCUAAACGAUGGCGCCAAGGGCGACUCGUACGGCGUCCAAAUCAACUCCCCGGCCCCCAGCUCUGCUUCAUCUUCAUCACAGUACAAUAGCGCUCCCAAAAGCAACGGUACAGCUGAGUUUUCCACCUCUACCAAUGCUAGUGUGAGUAACGCACACUCACCUGAGGAAGAGGAGGGAGAAAUCUACCAGAGCCCUCUGAGAAGACCUCCUGGGGACGGUCAGGCGGGGAGUCAUGGGGAGGAAGAGUCUAGGAAUGCAGAACAACAAGUCAAAGCAGCUGCUAGUGAAGCACAGAAAAACCUGAAAUUGACUACUAAGGACAAGGAAGAGUACAAUGAAGCAGGCCUGAAACCAGUCAAGAUCAACGGUGCUGGACGCAGGGGGUACAACCACAACGGUUUCACAGGGUCCCCUUCAAAAUACACUGACAAGGAGGUUCCAAAAUCUCCUGCAGAUUCUUUGGCGUCGACUGACGAGAAGCCUAUUGACACAAACUCUCUCGCUCCGAUCAACAAACUCAUCAAUAAAUUUAAUAAUAGGACACCGGGUGGCACACCCCAAGCUCGGGGCCGGAGUGGUGCUCGGCAGCAGCUCAGGUUUGAAGAAAGAAAGCGAUCUAAGAGCCUGGAUGCCCGGAAGGAGUCUUCCACGCCAUCGCCAACGUUCAAUCCCUACGCUUUACCUCUAUCUUCAGAACUGUCGAAUCACGACCCCGUGCUGCGGGAAACUCGGCAGACAAGCUUAACAUCACAAGUGAGGUAUACUACCAAGGAGUUUCCGGUCAUAGCCAAAAAACCUGAGAUAACGCCGAGAACCCAAAAAUUUGGUGGUAGGGAGAAGGCUCAGGCCAAGCAAGCUAUUUACAAUACACCCAAAGAAGGCACCAGUGAGAAUGAAGCAUCCCUCGACCGCAAAACCAACCUUGUCUAUGAAACUACGAGCAGCUUGAAGAAGGAUGGAAACCAGAAGGUGUUUAGCCUGGUGGAGCUUGAGGAACAAUUCGCUCUCUGCAAGAAACAACUACAACGAGCCCAUGAUGAGUUGGCUGAGGAGCGCAUUAGUCGAGAGAUGGCUGAGUCACGCCUGCGUCUACAAGAAGAUCACCUGGCCGAGCUCCAGGAAGAGCUUAGGAGAAUCUCGGAAACGUCGUCCAAUCCCGACUCGCUCAGGACGGACGUGGCAAGCCUGCAGGCGGAGCUGGCCGAGGCGACCGUGAGGCUCCAGCGUCAGGAUGAGAUGCUUCGGCAGCGCGAGCGCGAGCUGACGGCCCUGAAGGGGGCGCUCAAGGAAGAGGUGGAGUGUCACGACCGCGAGAUGGAGACGCUCAGGGAGCAGUACGGGGUCGACAUGCGCAACCUUAGGAAAACCAUGGAGCAACUGACACAGUCACAGGAGCAGAUUGAAGAGGAGCGCGAGCGCGUCAACGCCUCGCUGGUGAGCCUGGAGGAGGAGCUGGACUGCUGCAGGGAUCAGGGAGAACAGUGGAAGUCGCAGCUGGAAGCCACAUCACAAGAACUCCAAGAAACUCAAGAAAAGCUGCUGAAGUGUCAAUUGGAGAAGGAGGAGUUUGAGAGCAAGUUGAAGGAAGUCCAAGACCCGUCACUUGAUGUGCACAGGCGACGCUCCCCCUCUUCGGCUGAGGAUCUUCAACGUUGCCAUGACGAUUUGCGGCAAGCCCGUCUGGUUGCGGAUCAGCACAAGGACGCCCUCCGCGAUAAGAGCGAGACCCUUGAAGCUCUCAGGAGAGAGAACGGCGAGCGCGAGGCCCGACUCUUGGCGCAGAUCGACGACAUGAACGCGCAAAAGGCUGAGCUGGAGAAGGCCCUCCACAAAGCUAAAGAGGCAUCAUCUUCCACUUCAAUGGAUCAUAGCACCAACCUGGAGCUCCAAGAAACAAACACCCGCCUCAGAGAGCGAAUUGCCCGCAUGAGGCUGCAGUCGAGCGCCACCAGAAACUCUGAAGCCGAGGAGGCGAUGGAGGCCCUUGAGGACGAGAACCGCUCCCUCAAGUCGCAGCUGGAGGAAGCCAAACGAAGUGGGUCUCGCCUAGGCAAAGAGAGGGACGAGCUGACCCGCCGCCUGGAGGAAAGGGACCUUGAACGGGAGGCCCUGCGGCGAGGCAAAGGUGACCUGGAGGAGCAGAAGAGGCUCCUGGACCGAGCGCUGGAAAAGAUGAACAAAGAGAUGGAGGUGGUAAUGGGCGACUCGCGUCAGUCCGUGGCCGCCCUGCAGUCGCAACUGGACGAGUACAGGGAGCGCUCUCGGAAGGACUUGCUGGAGGCCCAACGCAACAACAAGGACAGAAUGGCUGAGCUGCAGCGGGCUCAGAGCAAUCUUAAGACCCAACAGGACGAGGUGUCCCGGCUGAAGAAGGAGCUCCUCAGCUGCAGCGAGGAGCGAGACAGCGCUCAGCUGGAGCGAGACCUCCUCAGCAACCGCCUCAAGCACUUGGAGAGCGAGCUGGAGUCGCAGAAGGGAACGCAUACGGACCGCAACCGAGAGAUCAGGUCGCUAGAGGAUAAAAUAAAGACCCUUGAGAUCGAGUUGGACGAGGAAAGAAGUAGCUUGGAGCUUUUGAACGAUCGCAUCGCACGCAGUCGAGAUCAGGUGGACCAGCUUCGCUCCGAGUUGAUGCAAGAGCGCUCGGCUCGUCACGACCUAGAGAUGGACAAAAGUGCCAUCGAGAGACAGGUUAAGGAGCUGAAGUCGCGUGUGGCCGACAUGGAAGGACAGACCCGACCUUCUGCCGGCAUUGCCGUGCUGGAAAGCAAAAUUCAGGAACUGGAGGAAAGGCUGCGCAGUGAAGAACGAGAGAAGAGCAGCAUGCAAGCCUCUCAGAGACGAACAGAGAGGAAACUGAAGGAGGUCAACGCCACGCUAGACCAGGAGAGGAUCCAGCAUGUAGAACAGAAGGAUCAGCUGACCCUGCGCGUAAAGGCUCUGAAGCGGCAGGUGGACGAGAGCGAGGGGGAGGUGGAGCGUCUGGAGGGAGUGCGCAGGAAGGUCUUGAGAGAGCUGGAGGAGCAACAGGAACUCCAGGAGGCGCUACAAGCCAAAGUCACGGCCCUGGAAUCGGAAUUCAAACGAAAGUCGCAACAUUCCCAUCGCAGCACUUUGGCCACGUUGAGCUCCGAGGACGACGACGCUUUCUACGACGUGAACAUGGCCGCCAUCUUGAACGAGGGCCACAAUCAAGGCUCCAACUGUUAAUCACUAAGGUUUUAUUUCACUGUGUUGUUGAUUCAUUGUGUUCGUGUGUUACAAGGUUAAUCUCCCAGUGUUAAUGUUCUUUUUUUUUUCAGUUUGUUUGCUUUAAAUCAUGAAAUGGCAACUUUUUUUCUCGUUAACUCCUGCUAGUUUUCUAAGACAUCUUAUUUCUCUCUGAAUAUUUUCUCACUGAAUUCAUUAUUUGCUCAUUUUAAAUUUGUGUCUUGGAAAAUUGAAUACUUUUUUUUUCAGGUCUGUAAAUGAUGUAUCCACUUAUCCUUAUUUAUCUAUUUUUUUUAAACCAAAUUUCCUUAAUUUGUCAUGCAAAAUUAUUUUUCCACCUCAUAUUUUUUUAACCACUGAAAUCAUGAUUUCUUGCAAAAGUGUGACUUUUAACACACAAUUCCACCUUUAUCGUCCUUCAAACUCCCCCCCCCCUUCCCUCAUUAUACACGUUUUCCCUGUAAAUUGUGUUUUCUGUAAUGUUGCAACAUUUUCUUGCAAAACACUUUGCUCGCAAGCAAUCUAGGUCAUGACUGUUUAGACAAUAUGUUGUUGAUUGUAUGUGUUACUGCAUGUUAAGGUUUAUUUCCUAAUGUUUGUAUUUGUAUUUAAAGUAUUUUACAAUUUGAAUGUGUCGACAGUACCGCACCAUUUUUUUUUUUUUUAAAUAAUCUGAGCCUACACUGAAUUCUCUAUUUGCUGUGUGUAUUAUUCAAGACAAUCACACGCAAUGGCACUGUGAAGCUUAUUUUAUUUUUGACCCAAAUAUGAAACAAUGUUUUCACUGGAAUGCCUUAGAAGUAAUGGAGUUUGUUUGUUGCAUGUUUUUUGUAUGCUGCUUCUAUGUUGAAUAUCUUUUUGUACAUGAUGAUAUGAAAAGCUUUUACUGUUGUGAAUGCUUUAGAAAGUGAAGAAAAAAAUGUUUAAAUUGUUUAUUAAACUGUGUGAUAAAUUAAUGCAAUAUUUGAAGUAGAUUUUGACUAAUAAAGAGA